AUGAGGUCCCUCGCGUUUCUUGUAGCUCUUGCGGCAUCAUGCUACGCCAGGGCCCCCUCGGGUCCCUGGGACGAGUUCAACUAUGCGCCCGCGUCGAAGACGGUGGUGCCUGUUCGGGUCUACUCUGUUGUAGGCUCUGUUGCGGGCGCCGAAGGGCUUGUGAGUGGCCCAGACGGUCAAGCGACGUUUUCUUCGGACGGAUCACAUGUCACGCUCGAUUUCGGCAAGGAGGUCGGCGGUGUAGUGUCACUCAAUGUAGACAAUGCGACGUCGCAAUCGGCAUUCUCGCUUUCCUUCACCGAGUCGCCGCUGUUCAUCAACCCAGAAUGGUCGGACGAUUCGGUAAUAACCAACCCGUUCCAGAGAGCGGACGGCGUCGAGUCCGUCCCGGCACCUUUAACUGUCGGUAUCUUCACCCAGCCGACGGAACGCCUCCGUGGCGGUUUUCGCUACUUAACCAUUGUCUCCAACUCGGCGGCACCUCUCACGAUUUCGAACAUCAGCGUUGUGAUCACGUUCGCGCCUCAUAUUGAGGACCUGAGGAAUUACACUGGUUACUUCUAUGCAGAAGACCCUGUCUACGACGACCAUGAUUUCCUGACGAAGCUUUGGUAUGCGGGAGCGUAUACUGUACAGACGAACACCAUAGCCUCCGACCAGGGGAGGCAGAGCGCAGGCACUGUCACUUUGCCAGGAUGGGCCAAUAAUGCGUCUCUUGGUCCUGUCUCGGGACCAUGCUUAGUUGAUGGAGCCAAGAGAGACAGAACUGUCUGGCCUGGCGACAUGGGAAUAUCGACCCACACACAGCUCGUCUCGACCAACGAUCUCAUCGCAACGCGCAAUUCCCUCCUAGUCAUGUUUUCUACCCAGGAUGCAACCACUGGUGCCCUCAACUAUUCCGGCCCUACUAUCAAUGCGCAGGGAAGCGACACCUACAUCUCCUGGAGUCUUCUCGGCACGCACAGCUACUUCUUGUACACGGGUGAUAUCGGCCUAGUGCAGACCGUCUGGGCCAAUUACACCAAAGCUGUAGCGUUUCUGAGCAGCCAGAUCGACGAGACUGGAUUGCUCAACGUCAGGGCAGACUUUUCCAACGAUUGGGGAAGGGUAGGAGGUGCCGGACGCAACUCUGCGGCGAAUGCCUUGAUGUAUGCUACGUAUGUCGCCGCCGCCGAGCUCGCCGGCUACGUAAACGACACGAGUUCGCAAGCUGCGUACGCCACUAACGCGACCACCCUGAAGGCAGCGUACAAUGACCUCCUCUGGGACGCCUCCGCUGGGUUGUACCGCGAUAAUGAUACGACCAGUCUUUACCCGCAAGACGGCAACUCGUUGGCGGUGCUGUACAAUCUGACGAACAACGCGAGCCAGACUCAGGCCGUUAGCGACGGACUGACCCAAUUCUGGACGGAUAUCGGUACGCUCUCCCCAGAGCUGAACGACACGAUCAUACCCUUCGUUGGAGGAUUUGAGGUUCGUGCGCAUUUCAUCGCCGGAAAUGGCGAGCGCGCGCUGGAUCUGUUGCGCAAGGAAUGGGGGUACAUGCUGUAUACGAACAUAAGCGUGCAGUCGACGCUUCUCGAAGGAUUCACGGCCAAUGGCUCGCUGGGCUACCGCGCGGCCGCUGGGUACGAUUACGACGACUCAUACACCAGCCACGCGCAUGGAUGGAGCACAGGCCCGACGCCUGCCUUGACGUUCCAUGUGCUGGGUUUACAGCUGACUUCUCCCCAGGGCCGGACAUGGUCGAUUGCACCCAUCACCAGCGGGCUUAAGUCGGCGGCCGGUGGCUUCGAGACGGGGUUGGGAUGGUUUGGGGUCGACUGGUCCAUUGCCGAUGAUACUCUGAGAGUUGAGGUCGAUACUCCGGAGGGGACGUCUGGUGUCGUUACUCUGCCCGGGAACGGCAGUGUUCCGCUGAGCGGGGGCAAGCACACUUUGGUACAGCAUUUGACAUGA